UUCACCAGCGUCCUGGUGGUCUCCAGCCUGUCCCCUCUCUGCGUGCUGCUCUGGAGGGAACUCACUGGCAUCCAGCCAGGCACAUCACUGCUCACCCUGAUGGGCUUCAGGCUGGAGGGCAUUUUCCCAGCAGCUCUGCUGCCCCUGCUGCUAACUAUGAUCCUAUUCCUGGGUCCACUGAUGCAGCUCUCUAUGGAUUGCCCGUGUGACCUGACAGAUGGGCUGAAGGUUGUCCUGGCCCCUCGUUCUUGGGCCCGCUGCCUCACAGACAUGCGCUGGCUACGAAACCAAGUUAUUGCACCCUUGACAGAGGAGCUGGUGUUCCGGGCUUGUAUGCUGCCCAUGUUAGCACCAUGCACAGGUCUGGGCCCUGCUGUGUUCACCUGCCCACUCUUUUUUGGAGUUGCCCACUUUCAUCACAUUAUUGAGCAGCUACGUUUCCGCCAAAGCAGCGUGGGAAAUAUCUUCUUGUCUGCAGCCUCCGUCUCCAGCGUUCCAGUUCUCCUACACCGCUGUCUUUGGUGCUUACACGGCUUUCCUCUUCAUCCGCACAGGACACCUGAUAGGGCCAGUUCUCUGCCACUCCUUCUGCAACUACAUGGGCUUCCCUGCCGUGUGCGCAGCCCUGGAGCAUCCACAGAGGUGGCCACUGCUGGCAGGCUAUGCUCUUGGUGUGGGACUCUUCCUGCUUUUGCUUCAACCCCUGACGGACCCCAAGCUCUAUGGCAGCCUUCCCCUUUGCGUGCUUUUGGAACGAACAGGAGCCUCAGAGACCCUACUGUGCUCCUGACCAUCACUCUUGUGUAUACCCCAGUGAACUCUGAUGGGCUCUGCAGCCCCUCCUUAUCAUGGAAUACUGCAAGGGAGGGGCUGGCUGGGGUCCCCGAGAUCUCAGGAAUUUUUGUAGGGGAUUGAAGCCAGAGCUAGUUGAACCCCAGGGACCAAGAGGAAGGAGCAGAUAUCCAAAGGGUGCAGCCUCUCAAAGAACGGUUGAGGAGCAGCUGGACGUGAGGGGACAAGGACAAAAUCCUAGGAGCUGUGCACUCCCUCUUUGGACUACUGCUUCUUAGCUCUUUUGCCCCACCCCCCAAAAAAAGCUGCUCGGUGGGUUUUAUAAAACCCCUCCUCCCAGGGUUUUCUCAUUGUCUUUUUGCAUCAAGACUUUGUAUUGGGAUAUUAAAGAGAUUUAACUUGGGUAAUA